UUACACAGUAGGGAGGAGACUAUGGGACUCCCUGCAAAUUGUUAAAUAGAGUUUUACACCCCUUUCGUCAAAUGCUCACAGCUACUCCACAGACGAGGCACUGGAGGAGAAGUAACGUAGGACGGGGGUAUUAGGAUGCUCUCACAAUAUUGGAGGACGGCUACAGGAGCUCAGGGUGACAUGGAGUUCAGGGAUCUAACGGCCAGGGCCGGACUCUGGUAUGAAAACUUCAUGAAGAAUGCAGACCCCAGGACAGAAGACUGGUUUCUCAUGUCAUCGCCGCUCCCCCAGACCAUAAUAAUUGUGGCAUACAUCUACUUUGUGAUGCGGCUGGGGCCCAGACUCAUGGAGAACCGCAAGGCCUUCCACCUCAAAGAAGUUCUCAUUAUCUACAACUUCAGCGUGGUCACCUUGUCCCUCUACAUGUGCUAUGAGUAUGUGAUGUCGGGUUGGGGGACGGGCUACACGUUCCACUGUGACCUAGUGGACUACUCGGAAUCGCCGCAGGCAGUGAGGAUGGCUGGGACGUGUUGGCUGUACUACUUCUCAAAGUUCAUAGAGAUGUUGGACACAAUCUUCUUUGUUCUGAGGAAGAAGAACAGUCAGAUUACGUUCCUCCAUGUCUACCAUCACUCUAUCAUGCCCUUUACCUGGUGGUUUGGGGUCCGGUUCGCUGCAGGUGGCCAGGGGACGUUCCAUGCCCUGUUGAACUGUGUGGUCCAUGUCAUCAUGUACUCCUACUACGGCCUGUCUGCCCUGGGCCCCGCCUACCAGAAGUACCUCUGGUGGAAGAAGUACCUCACCACUAUUCAGCUGAUCCAGUUUGUGAUCGUUACCACCCACAUCUGGCAGUACUUCUUCAUGAAGGACUGUCCCUACCAGUUCCCAGUCUUCAUCUAUAUCAUUGGCCUCUACGGCCUGGUCUUCCUCCUCCUCUUCCUCAACUUCUGGUACCAUGCCUACACCAAGGGCAAGAGGCUGCCCAAGGUCUUUCAGGCCAAAACCUGGGCCCACCCCUACAACAAAACCAACGGUGAAAUAACCAACGGGAAUGGUUUCCACUAUGACAAGGAUAAGUGACAGGUGGUCAAUCAGGCUCAGGAUCAAGGGUCAAUCACAUUUGAAUAUGAGCCUAUUCAGGAACUGAAAUUAGACAUGGAAUUUAGAGUACUGGGGUGUAUUCUCUAGGAACCAUACCGAACCAAACGGAACUGGUAGGGACCUACCUGAAUUUGUCCAAUAGAAACUGCCAUUUUCCAUUUGGAGUACACGGUUUUCAUUGCAAAAUGUUUUUGACUAAUGAUUACAUCCCAGGUUAGGUAUGAAGGAGUUUUGUUUUCCAAUAUAAAAGUCAGUGCACUAUUGAAUUCAAAGAGAAUUGACCCCAACCCUCUGAUCUUUUCCUUUCUCUCUGCUACAGCAAUCUCUCAAAGUUAUGACCCAAAGCUCUACUGUACUUUUUGUAUUACGAUAUUUUACAUUUUUAUACCUGUGCUUUUCUUUCCUGUUCAGGGUGAAAGCACAAGUUUUUAGUUUAAAAAAUAAAAUAAACAGAUUGUUGAUAUUAGACGUGUGUUAGGUUAGCCAAUGGUGGGGCAGUUCAGUAGCUUUGUCCCACCAGCCCAAAUGAUCUCUGCUGUUUACAGUUGGUGCUGAACCUCUAGCUUUGGCUGUAGAAUUCAGCUUUAUGUGACCUUGCUUUCAGCUGGUUUCUAUAUUUCAAUACCUGUACUUUUUAUAAUUUUAAUACAUUGUCUGCAUUUAAUUGUAAACAUUUUAUAUAUUCUGCUACUAAAAGUCUUGCAGGAUUUUGUCUGUCCGAGUACGUGAGCCAUCUCCCAUAGUUAGGGCCUGAAGUAUUUCCUGGGUCUGGUCACAUGGCUGGGAAAAACUCAGGGCCCUACCCAUAGUACACCUGUAAUGGUGGAAGGAUACAGGAUAACCAUUUUGCCAGUAAGAACUGAUGUUUACAUGUAUACUGAGUGGAGUGUAUUGGUGUUGACCCCCCUCUUUCGUAAAUGCCGCAUCCAUUUCUCUCUGGUUUGAGUCACAGCCUCUACUGGUGCUGAGAAACUUUGGAAGCCAACCUGCUCCUACUGUUAAAGAGCUGUAGGCCUACUUUAAUCUCUUAAAUCUGUCUGUAUUAUGUCCAACAGAAGUGACGGUGUGACAUUGAAGCCAGAGAGGAAAGGGAGCAGUGUGGCACUGUUCUUGGAGGAACCAGAGCAGAGUGCACAUUUCACUUUAGCUCUGUCACAAGCAUGGCAUGAGCCAUUUUAAAAACGAUAGCCAUCGUUUACCACUGCAUGCAUAUUAAUUUUAUAUCCACUCUUACUAAUUGAGUUCAGUCCUUAUGCCAUGCUCAUGACAGUUUGGUGUUCGCCUCAGAGCACUGCUCCACUGGUGAUUUGGACAACAUUAGCCUAGUGUAGGAUGGGCCUCCACAGGUGUACUAAAACCCCAGUGCCUUCGGUGCAGGCUGAGUCCAAUAAGCAACAGCGAUCUAGCAUGUAUUUGCUGAUGUUAGCGCUAGUGUGAGCGUGUUAUCACAUGGGUUACUGUUCAGUGCCUUUGUCUAAGCCCCUCCAUGGUGUAAGUGUCCUCCAGACAUGCCACUAA